GAAACGAUCAUUCGAUUUUCUAUUUUUUUCCCUAUGUAUUCGCUGAUAACCUAAAGAGCUAGCGGGCAGCUGAGCUUACUGGUUCAACCUGAGAGAAUUUGCUAAGCCUGGCCCUAGCAAGAGCAGUGCUUCGCCGAAUCUACCACCACCAGGUCAACAAAGUUUAGGUAUGAAAUAAAUAUGGAGACAAUGGAAGACGACAUUGACAUUGAAGAGCACGAUCUGCUGGACAACCCGAGGAUCAGAGACAUCUUCCCGGACCUGGGAAUUGUUAAAGAGGAACCCCAAGAAUUAUACAGCGACCAAGAUUCGUACGCAGACCACGAGCACUUCGGCAAUGCGCUGUUGUACGAAGAGUCGGAGCACGCGGACGAUGUGGCCCCGACGUACGACCUCAACGCGGACGCGCUGCCCUACGGCUCGCAGUCGCCGGAGAGCGCGCAGAACUACUCGCAAGCGUACGCCACCCAGAGCCACGUCAUCAUACUGGGUACCAAGCCGUCGUCGGAGUCGCUGCCUAAGGAGAGGCUCCCGGUCAGCGUACCGCUGGUCGACUGGGCGGAGGUCCUGAGCAGGAGCCCGUGCUUCUGCAGCGACUGCGGGACGCUCUUCCCGACAGAAAACGCCCUGGACGCCCACAAAAUGUCCUCGCAUUCGUUCCUGGUCGCCAUAAACAAUAACGUCGCCAAGAAGAGCACGUCCGCUCUGUCCGAGAAGGGCCGCGGCGAGCUGUGCGACGUCAGGACGAACAAGUGCAACCACUGCGACACGUACUUCGCCGACGGCACCGCGCUCAUCAAGCACCUCUACGAGCUGCUGCCGUCCAAGAACGCGGCCGUCGGUCCCCCCGUCGGGGACCCGCGGGCCCCCGCAGAGAAACCUCUCUGGACCGGACCCCGCAAAUGCUUUAAAUGCGAUUUGUGCAACGAAAUAUUGCAAAGUAAAGUUCAGGCUAAAAGACACAGGGACUCGAAACACCCGAAUAUGCAGAGACGUAAAAUAUUUCAAAUAAUAUACAGGAAGCAUAGUAACCACGUGGGCAAGGCGGAGCGGUCUCCGGCCAAAGCCCCCGGGGAGUCGGCCGGGGACAAGCGGUCUCCGCAGACUCAGGUAUUCAAGUACAAGUGCACCAGCUGCCACAUGUGGCUGGACAGCUCGUACCUGGCCCGGACGCACCGCGCCUACCGACACCCCGAGAAAUACGGUCAAUUCUUGUUCAAAAAGUAUGUUUGCAAAAAUAAAACCAACCCGAAAACGAGUAAAUCAGUGAUAAACAAUAAAGUGAGUGCCGCGAAGUCGAAAGCGAUUGUGGCCGCCACCAAAGUCGUCGCACCGGCCGCAACUAAAGUCGCCGACAGCGGCGAGUUCCUCUACCGCUUCAGCCGCGGGGUCCCCAUCCGGAACCCGCCCAUACAGCACGCGCUGCUGUACCGCUGCCUGCAGUGCGCCGUGCACUUCGUGGUGGGCUACUCCAUCAUUAACCACUUGAAGCAGUGCCGCCGGACCACGCCGCACGAGACCUGUGCCACCUGCCGCCGCAAGGUGUACCGCAAGGACGUGGAGAUGCACCGCCACCAGCACGCCUUCGCCGACAAGUUCAAGAUAUACACGAACAUCGACUGGAACUUCUACAAGAAAAUUAUGUGCCUGUGCCCCAAGUGCAACAUCUACUUCAGCGAGUACCGCUUCUGGACUCAUUACACGGAGCACCCCGCCGAGGUGGAGUCCCGGACCUGCGAGGAGUGCCACAUCGAGAUCAACAAGUCCUGCUACUCGUUCCACAAGAACUACCACCGGCUGUACAACUUGAAGCGCAAGGACAUAGUCCUGGUCGAGUUCAGGAAAUACGAGGACAUCGGGACCAAGCGCAAGUCUAGCUACCCCGCGCUGGCGAACAAAAAGAUCAAACUGGAGUCCAGUUCAGAGAGAGACGAAACCAGUCUAAGGCUGUUCUACUGCAGCACCUGUCGCUGCUGCAGCCACCGCCUCAUGAACAACGACAUCCACUUCAGUAGGAGCUGUCGCAACCGGCCGCGCCACCGCUGUGACAUCUGCGGCCUGUGCUUCCUCAACAAGGGUCUCAGGACCCACAAGAGGUGGCACAGCCAAUACAAGCUUUCGCUGAACAACAUCAAGUUCCAAUCGCACAACGGCGACCCCGUGGUCCCGGAACCGCCACGCUUUGAGCAGUGCGGCAAGUGCGGCCUGCACCACCUGCGCACGGGCCACAGCUGCAAGGAGCGCGGCCACUUCUGCCGCGACUGCCGGGCCAGGUUCACGGCCGGCGCGUACAAGCUGCAUCGUCCGUUCCACGAGCUGAAGACCAAACACGACAACAAGGAGCUGCACAAGAUGUGGAACAUGGUCUACCACUGCGAGGUCUGCGAAUUCGGCUUCGACUCCUACGACCAUGCCGUGGCCCACAGUCAGCAGCACCUGCUGUGCGAGGAUACGGAGCAGCUGUGCGAGCGCUGCGAGGUGUGCGACCUCAAGCUGCACCUGGACUGCAUGGACCGGCACCGGGGGCUGCACGAGAACCGCACCCUCAACAAGAGCGACUUCCUCAUCCUGAACUUUGAUUACAAGAACUUGCUGCACGACAAGUGGCUGCAGCUGUUCGGGCGAUUGCCGCAGGCCGCGGUCCGCGAGGUGGUGCGCCGCUCGCUGCACGGGAGCCACCGCGGCGUCAAGCUGCGGCUGAAGGAGGACGGGCCCGCGGAGUACACGAUUUACUUCUGCAACGGCUGCGAGAUCUGCAUCGACGACGCCAACGUGUCCCGCCACGCGCACAAGAGCUGCAGGAAGAAUGAGAGGAAGUACCACUGCAGCAGGUGCGCCCUGCACUUCGACAACAGCGAGAACUACGCGAGGCACGAGCGGGACCACGGGGCCACGGACCGCUUCAGGAUCGUCGAGUUCAAAUACGAGACGGACACGCGGGAGCACGGGGAAGAAGUUCCCGAAAGAGACAAGCUGACCUUUUACAGCUGCGGCAACUGCAAGGUGGCCAUGAGGUUCCAGUGGAGCACCUCGAAGCACCGCUGCAACGAUGAGGAGGUCGUGGCCUGCGACCAGUGCGGGCUCCACUACUACGCGCGGAGAGCGCCCCGGCACGAGCUGCUGCACAGGAAGUUCCCGGACUUGUCCAGGGACCGCGUGGUGCAGCGGCCCUUCUCCAACGCCGAGAAGAAGCUGGUCUCCGUGACAGUGCACAAGUGCCCGUGCGGCCUGCACCUGCCGUCGCCCGCCGCCGCCGAGCAGCAUGUGCGGGACUGCGCGCUGGAGCGGGGCCCGGCCGCGACCUGCGACACGUGCGGGCUGCUGUUCCCGGUCGCCGCGCUGCCCCAGCACCGUCGCGCGCACCACACUGCGCCCGCCAGGAUCCAGGUCGAGAACGUGCCCGUGCUGGUGCUGUACGAGUGCGAGGUCUGCCGCCUGCUGCUGCACAGCCGCCGCGAGCUAGCGCAGCACGAGUGCGGUGCCGGCGCCCAGGCCUGUGCGCGCUGCGGGCUGCGGCUCCACCCCUCCGCCGUCGAGACGCACGCCGCCAAACAUGAGACCAACGAGUACGGCUUUUUUUUCAACAACAUCGUCAAGUUGCCUUUGGCUAGAAGCACUAGCGAGAAGAAGGAGGGGAGGUCCUCGGCCGCGAGCGACGCGGGCCCAGUCGGCUCCAGCGUGCCGGGCGCCUCCCCCUCGCCGGUCCCUCCCGCCCCCUCCCCGGCACCCCCCACCGACGGGCCCCGGCCCGGCCCGGACGGCGAGUACAAAUUCAAGCUGUACAAGUGCCGGGAGUGCGACGUGCACUUCACGGACGAGGGCUCGUGCCGGAGCCACGUGGCGCGGCACGAGCGGCUGGGCGAGGCGGAGUACAUCGGCUGCAAGCUGUGCGGCCUGCAGUUCCUGGUGGCGCAGCUGCACGGCCACGUCCGGAGCCACCACGGCACCCCCGUCCGCCUCCAAGAGAUGCUGGUGGAGGAGCACUGCGCCGCCGACCGACUGCAGUCCAGAACGGUCAGCUCCACGAGGAUCGAGAAGACGGUCGAUUAAUUUUGCGGGAUGCAGCAGAACAGAUUCGUUUGUGAAGAGCGUCAUGAGUCCGGUAUAUGUAUCUCGUUUUGUUGCAACAUCCGGUACGGACGGAUGAUAAUGAAAAUAAAAUGGUGAAGUUUUCGAUUUGCGUGCGCGAUACACGAGCAGACAGUGUCCGCUGAUUAGUACAGUGACGUCAUCGUAUAAAGCCGUGAUUUAAAUUUGCGACGCAGCGUUUAAUUGCACAAUAUCCGGACCCCCCGGCGCUCGGUGGGAGGGGUCCCCUGUGCGCUCCCCCUCCACUGGUGACUGUCGUUCCCGUAAUGUCGAGACAACAAAUUCCGAUUUUGUAUCUAUGUAUAUAAUCUAGUGUUUUUCUGUUUGUCUCGACCUCCCAUAUACAUAUUUGCGCGUAAGAUCUUACACCUAUAUGAAUUGGGGAGCACAAUGCCUCUAUAAUAUUAUACAAUUUACUUAGUUUUGUUUAUAUUGGUGUUAGGACCUCUUGUGAGUCCGAACGGGUAGG